CGCAGCAUCACUACUGCCAUCUUGUGUCGGACGGGAAGAAGUUAGGAUUUUCUCUGAUUUUUUAUGUUGUUUCCAUUAUGAUAAACAGCCUCUUUAUUAUAAACAACACAGGGGACAUCUUUGUGGAAAAGCACUGGAAGAGUGUUAUUAAUAGAUCUAUUUGUGAUCAUUUCUUCGAGGCACAAAGCAAGGCGUCGUCACCUGAAGAUGUCCCUCCCGUCAUAUCGACACCCCACUACUACCUCAUUAGCAUUUAUAGAAAUCACUUGUUCUUUGUUGGUGUCGUGCAAUCUGAAGUUCCUCCGCUAUUCGUGAUAGAGUUCCUUCAUAGAGCUGUGGAUAUCUUCCAAGACUAUUUCAAUGAAUGCACAGAAACAUCUAUCAAAGAGCAUAUUGUUGUUGUGUAUGAGUUGCUAGAGGAGAUGCUUGAUAAUGGUUUCCCGCUAGCUACUGAGCCUAACGUCCUGAAGGAGCUGAUCCGCCCACCGAGCAUAGUACGACAAGUGGUGAACACAGUCACGGGAUCUUCCCAUGUGAGUACACAUCUCCCUACUGGACAGCUUUCAAAUGUUCCAUGGAGGAGGACAGGAGUUAAAUACACAAAUAAUGAGAUUUAUUUUGAUGUCAUUGAAGAAAUUGAUUGUAUCAUCGAUAGACAUGGCUCAGUAGUCUUCACAGAAAUACAUGGUGUGAUUGAUAGCUGUUGUAAAUUGUCAGGAAUGCCAGACCUUACCAUGUCGUUUAUCAACCCAAGGCUUCUUGAUGACCCAAGUUUCCAUCCAUGUGUGCGAUUUAAGAGAUGGGAGGCUGAAAGGCUUCUUUCUUUUGUACCACCUGAUGGAAACUUCAGACUUCUGUCAUAUCAUAUCACAACUGGCACAGUGGCUAUUCCAGUCUAUGUAAAGCACCAAAUCUCCUACUCUGAGGGAGGCUCAGGUAGAUUUGAUUUAACAGUUGGACCAAAGCAGACGAUGGGAAAGACUAUUGAGAGUGUAGUGGUGAAUGUUCCAUUUCCCAAACAAGUUCUGAAUGUAAAUCUCACACCGUCAGUUGGUACCUAUUCAUUUGAUCCUGUCAGAAAGGAGCUCAAAUGGGAGGUUGGAAAAAUUAUCCCACAAAAACUACCCACGCUUAAAGGAAGCAUGUCCCUCCAAACUGGCGUUCCACCACCAGAUGAAUCCACUACAAUAUCUGUUGAGUUCAAGAUCCCACAGCUCGCUUCUUCUGGCAUCAAAGUCAGCAGACUUGACUUAUAUGGCGAGACAUCUUCUGGAAAAAAAUACAAGCCAUUCAAAGGAGUCAAGUACAUUACCAAGGCGGGAAGAUUCCAAGUCAGGACCUGAUCUCACAACAUAGGAAGAAAUAUUUUAAUCUCAGAUUAGAUAUUAUAAUUUCUGAAUAAAUGGAGCCCUAGAAAAUAGCACAAGGUAUUUGAACACAACUCCUUUUAUUUGUUCUUAAAAAACAUUAUUAUACAUAUACACUUAUCAAUAACAAUAGCCGUGAUUGAGAUUUCUGGGGUACUUUAAGAAAUAUCGCAUUGUGGAAUAUGCAUGGACAACAUUUGCAAUGUUUCGUACGCUUUCAGUGGGGAAAGGCAUCUUUAUCAAUAUUGUAUGUAACAAAGUUCUAAAGGAGUAAAAGAGGAUGAUUUGAAUCUUUAACACAGCAAGUUACACUCAUUGAAGGGUAGAGCAGCUUAGGUCUGUGCAGGAGCGAAUAGGUUAACUAUAUUUUUCAAAUCCAAAAGGAUAGAAGUCUAUCUAUACCAACCUUUCCAUAUACCAAUCAUUUGUUUUCUACUGUGCUUAGUUGCUUUUAAUUACAUUUAAAGAUUUUUGAAAUUUCAAGGUGUGAAAGUGUGAUUUCUUUCUGAUGGACUAUAACUGAAAAAAAAAACGUAUUUCCAUCCCAUCUUAUUUCACUACCCAAUCUCAUUGUUUGUGAGCAUGACUUUAGUCUAUUUUCCAGAUAAUUCUACUUAAUAUCACUGUUGGAUUUGUUUAGAUUUUUUACAAUCCUGAGCGUUUAUUGCUUGCCAUAUUAUUAUGAGCAUACACUUAUCACUUCAUAUGGCUUAUUAUAUCUCCUAUGGAAAUUUGUGUGAAAUGUGCAGAGUAGGGAAAUAAAUAAGAUAUAUUUGAUUUCUA